AUGUCACUUCCAGUUAGAGCAAGCAAAUGCCAAAGUAAGAAUAGGAUUGAACCAACUAAAACCGAACAAUUAAAUGAAAGCCAAAACAAAAAGAGGAUAGGCUUGUCACGAAUUUAUACUUUUGGAUUGAUUGCUCCAAUUAUUUUAUAUAGAGAUAUUGAACUAUUAAAAAAAAGAGAAACAAAAACAAGAGUUGUUGCUGCCCUUGGUGCACUUGAUAGCCUUGAUGCUCAUAAUGUCCUUGUUGAUUAUGUUGAUUGUGUUGUUGCUGAUGAUGAUGCUGAUGAUGUUCAACAAAAAGCCUUGGAUCAAUAUAUAAAAUAG